GGGAUCCCCUUCGGGAAGACGGAUGAUUCAGAGCUGCCCUGCGCCCUGUGGGUGAAGCGCCGGUUCUCUUCCCAGCUUGGUUCUGUCCGGUCCUGGGUCUUUGCUUUCUUAACUUACCCCGGACGGACCGACGAUGAGUUCUUGCGUCAGCGCGAAGAAAGAGGACAAAGGCAAGAACAUCCAGGUGGUGGUGAGAUGCAGGCCCUUCAAUAUAUCUGAGCGCAAAGCUAAUUCCUACGCUGUAGUGGACUGUGACCAUGGAAGGAAAGAAGUUAUUGUUCGCACUGGAGGAAUGGCUGAUAAAACAUCAAGGAAGACCUAUACAUUUGAUAUGGUUUUUGGAGCCCAGGCCAAACAGAUUGAUGUGUACCGGAGUGUUGUAUGUCCAAUUUUGGAUGAAGUACUUAUGGGCUAUAACUGCACUGUCUUUGCUUAUGGUCAAACCGGUACAGGAAAGACCUUCACUAUGGAAGGAGAGCGAUCACCUAAUGAAGAAUAUACAUGGGAGGAGGAUCCACUUGCAGGUAUAAUUCCACGUACCCUGCAUCAAAUUUUUGAAAAACUUGCAGAGAAUGGUACAGAAUUUUCUGUGAAAGUGUCUUUGUUGGAAAUCUACAAUGAGGAGCUGUUUGAUCUUUUGAGUCCAUCUCCAGAUGUUGGGGAAAGGUUGCAACUGUUUGAUGACCCACGUAACAAGAGAGGUGUAAUAAUCAAGGGCUUAGAAGAAAUAACUGUACAUAACAAGGAUGAAGUCUAUCAAAUCCUAGAAAGAGGAGCAGCAAAAAGAACCACAGCUGCUACUUACAUGAACCAGUAUUCCAGCCGAUCCCAUUCAGUGUUUUCCAUCACAUUGCACAUGAAAGAAACAACAUAUGGAGAAGAGCUUGUGAAAAUUGGAAAGCUAAACUUGGUUGAUCUGGCAGGGAGUGAGAAUAUAGGUCGUUCUGGAGCAGUUGACAAAAGAGCUCGUGAAGCUGGAAAUAUCAAUCAAUCUCUGUUGACGCUGGGUAGAGUCAUUACUGCUCUUGUUGAAAGAACUCCACAUAUUCCAUAUAGAGAAUCAAAGCUUACCAGAAUCCUACAGGACUCUCUCGGAGGACGCACAAAAACAUGUAUAAUUGCAACUGUUUCUCCUGCAUCAAUCAAUCUUGAGGAAACUCUGAGUACUCUAGAAUAUGCCCACAGGGCAAAGAAUAUCAUGAAUAAACCUGAAGUGAAUCAGAAACUCACAAAACGGGCACUCAUUAAGGAGUAUACCGAAGAGAUUGAACGCUUAAAACGAGAUCUUACUGCAGUACGAGAGAAAAAUGGCGUCUAUAUUUCUCUGGAAAAUUUUGAUGCUCUUAAUGGGAAAAUAACAAUUCAGGAAGAGCAAAUUGCAGACUACAUUGAGAAAAUCACAGCCAUGGAGGAAGAAUUGAAAAAAGUUGCCGAGUUAUUUACUGUUCAAAAAGAUGAAAUGGAAAAGUGCCAGGCAAACCUACAAGCCAGGGAAAUGGAACUGGAAGUUACCCAGAAAGACCUGGAAAUUACCAAGGUUCUUCUUGCUGAAGAAGAAUAUGUGGCCUCGGCUUUAGAGAACUCAGAAGAAAAACUUCAUGGCACUGCUACCAAGCUGCUUACUACCGUUAAAGAAACUACCAAUGAUGUGUCCGGUUUGCAUGCAAAAUUAGAUCGGAAGAAAGCAGUUGAGCAGCAUAAUGUGGAAGCUCAAAAGACAUUUAUGGAUCACAUGAAUAUACUCUUUGACAAAAUCCAGAACUCUGUGAAAAAGAACUAUAAGAAUCAGCAGGAGAUGCUAGACUCUUACACCUCCUCAGUUAAUGAUCUUCUGUCCACCAGUUUUUCAGCAUUUGGAGUUACCGCAGCAGCUAUAGAUGCAGCAUUCACUUCGGUAAAGGAAAUGGUUUCUACUGAAGUGUCCCUAGCUGCUGAAAAAAUGCUGAAUCAGGACACACUGACCUCCAAAAAUAAAAAUGACCUGCAGAAAACGAUUGAGGAACAUGCAUCUGGACUGGAUAAGGCAUUAAGUAGCCUGACUCCUGUGGUACAACUUGUGCUGAGUAUAAACUCUCAGCUGCAGGAACACUUCAAGAAAAAUUCAUCCUUGGCAGAAAUGAUUACAGGCUAUAAAGAAGAACUGGCUACCUUCUUCCAUGAUCAUUCUCUUGCUUUGAGUAAACUACACGAAGACAGUUCCCAAAUGUUUUCUCAACUUCAGAAUAAUUAUGAGAGCUUGCAAGAACAAGUCAAACUGACCAAGAUGGCACAGAAAGCGGGUACAGCCCAACUUAUUGCUUUGCUGCAAAAUCAGCUAAGCAUGCUUGAUCACCAAACUCAGCAGAACUUCAGCCAAAUCCUAGAGAAAGGUGGAAGCCUAAAGAAGAACAUUAAUGAUGUACAAGAAAAUAUAAUUGUGCAGACUAUUGGCCUUGUCAACUCUACCACUUCCCAGCAGAACAAGAUGAUUCCAGUUCUGGAUGACUUUUCCCAAGAGAUCAGGCAGUCCAGCCAUGAUAAUGUCAAGAUGCUUUUGGAAUCAGGCAACCACGUUAAAAAUCUGGGCCGUAAUUUGCGAAACACAUGUAAAGAAACAACUAGCUGGGCUGAAAUGGCAACUGCAGAGAUAGACUCUGUACUUGAUCAACAGAGAGAUUUUCUCAACCACCAGAAUGAACACCUACAAAACAUGUAUAAGGAUCUCAAUGACAACUGUAAUGCAUCAGAAGCCAAAGUGACAGACCACGUGAAGAGACAAAAAGAGGCUGAAGAUGUCAUCCUCAAGAGGCUUCUUGACCACUUGCAGAAUGAUCGAGAUGUGCUUACCGAACGGAAAGACCUGCUCCUUAAAGAAUCAGAGGAUGGUUUAGCUCACAUUAAUGGCUUCCUGACUGAGGAACUUAAAGCGGAUCUCCCAACAGGAAAUACUCCACAGCGGAAGGACUACUGUUACCCAGUAGCAGUGGUGAAAACAAAACCUCGUGAUCGCUUGCUUGAAAAAUUAAGGCAAAAGCAGAUGAAGCUGACACCUACUAUAAAGCCUGCUGAAGCCAUGAAAACUGAUACCUUGGUUGAGGAUUCUUUGGUGGACGAAGAAGAAAUAAGAGAAACUAAUGAGAGCCUUUACAGUGAAAAAUCCUACUUGGAGACUAGUUUGUGUAUUCAGACUAAUGGUGUGCCCUUUUUCCAGCAUAAAAGAAGUGUCAAAAAGAAUAAAGAGAACAAAUCAGCAUUCUUCCUGGAAAAGGCCAAGGAGGAGGAUUCAGCAACUCCAUCUGUUUCAAACUCAAAAUAUCCCUUAAGAGUCCUCAACUAAGAAUGUACAAUAUCUUGCUUUCUGUUUCUUUCCAUCCUUGCAAGCUUUAUCAACCUAAUAGCUUGCAAAGCUUAUGCACAUGGCUUUGUAGUCAAUGUCCCAGAUUUGCUUAGAUAGAGAUCUCAUCAACACAGGAUCCCUUUUAUAAAAUGUAAUUUGCUUAAUUUUUAUGUUUUACAGAUUUUGAAAUGUAAUAAAGAAAAACUAAUA